AUGCAUUUCAAGAACGAAAGUUGUGACCGUCUCUUGUUUUACGGCCUUAAAAAGGAAGACUACAACAUAAUCUGGGACGUGGUAGACACCGUCAUGUUUUUACCGACAGUGUUUGGGAACACUCUAAUCUUAAUCAGUAUAGUGCGUUUCCGAAAGUUGCGGACCAAGAUCCACAUACUGAUAGGCCAUCUGGCGGUGAACGAUCUGCUGGUCGGGGCUACGCUAUUGCCACUCGAGGCGCUCGGGGACACGUUCGGGAUGAGCAAGCGGAAGGGCUACUGUUUGGCAAAACUGAGCGCGUUUGCCUUAUUGUCAGGAGGAUCAUGUCUUGGCCUUCUACUGAUUUCGCUGGAACGUUUCUGUUCCGUGGCGUUUCCUUUACGUCACGCCUUCUUUACGAAAACCAAGCUGAGUUUUGUUAUGUUGUUUGGUUGGAUUUACGUGGGGUUUUGGACGCUUUCGCCGGCGUUUGGCUGCAAUAACAUUAAGAAGAACGAAACUGAGGUAGAGUGUAACGCUAGCGUGAUCUGGGGAGGGUGGUGCAAGUUCGGAAUGAACGUCAACUUUGUCCUUAGUCUCGUCAUUAACGUAGGCCUCUACCUUGUGGUGGUAGUGACUGCCGUGCGGAGAGUGAAAGAGCACGGACGCCAAACAGGCACUAGUACGUGCCUCUGCAAGUCUCGCGAGAUGUCCAAAACAGUCACCAUGGCGGCGGUGUUGGGGCUGUUCGCGCUGUUCUGGUUACCGUACGCCGCAAUGACGUUGAUCAUUACGAUACAGGAUCACUGCGUGCAGAUCCUGUAUCACGUUCGCCGCUGGUUCCUCCUGCUCGGGCUGUUCAACUGUUCUAUAAACUGGAUCAUCUAUGGGUUAAGGAAUAAGGACUUCCGAGAGGCGUUUUCUCUAAUAUUAAAAACCAACAAAUUGUCGUGCAGACGCGACAGAAAGGUAGGAUGCGCCACGAAGCAGUGUACCGUUAACGUGAUUGAGAUGGACACGGAACUGUUCCCCUAA